CAGUGUGAUCUAAUGGCCAGAGCACUGGACUGGGACUCGGGAUACCAGCGUUUUAUUCCCAGCUCUGCCACUGGCCUUGGGUCCAGUAGCAGUCAUCCGGCUCUUUACAUGAGUGGACUGUGACGUCUUAAAGUCGCAAAUCUGAAUCGCCUCCAGCUCUCUGCGUGCUGCUCCCUGGCUCUGAAAAUGCCUCUGUCUAUCCCCCACUUAGUCUGCCGGUGCUGCUUUUGGUGCAGAAGUGCCACACAACGGGCAUUUUCUACCACACUCUCAAACUGGUCUGUCUGCAGCAAUUACUAUGACCUGCUGGGAAUCAAGCAAGACGCCACCAUGGAAGAGAUCAAACAAGCCUUCUUCGCCAAGUCAAAGAAGCUGCACCCCGACAGUGACCCCAACAAUCCCGACCUGCACAGCCAGUUCAUCCAGCUGAACCAGGCCUACCGGGUGCUGAGCAAGGAGGGCAGCAGGAGGCUCUAUGACAGCCAGCGGGCCUGGCACGCAGCCUGGCCCACCACGGGCAGCAGCCCCAAGCACAGCCCCUUUGACUUCACAGAUCUGGGACCCAGGCCUAGUACCAGUAGCCGAGGGCCUGACGAGAACAUGCGCUACUGGGAGCAGUUCCGUACUCACCGUGCCAAGACCUUCUCAGGCACCCAGGCCAAGCAGAGGCAACACUGGAACUGGCAGUUCUUCGGCUACUGCCUCCUCCUCAUGCUGGCCAGCAUGGCUGCCCACUACGUGGCCUACAGGAAGCUGGAGGAGGUGCACAACAGCUUCAUGGACAAGAAGGACAUGCUCAUGACCAGCAUCUACAAUGAAUCCAAGGAGCGGGCCAGGGCCAAUGGCUUCCAGAAGCAGCAGGAGCUCCUGCGCCAGAAACACGCCAAGUUCAUACAGCACUACCGCAUCCGGCCCAGCGGGGACAGCGCCCAGAAGUGACAGGCGCUCUGGACACUAUAUGGGGGGGACUGGGUGCCACAGAUGCUGUAUGGGGAACACCUCACACACACACUUGUCCCCUCCCUUCAAUAAAUCACUGCCCAU